CGGAGUUCCAACGGCUAUAUUUUGUCAAAGCUCUGUUUUUGUUAUCCCCCGAACCCUAAAUCUCCAAUUUUCCCCCAAAAUCGCUGCUAUAAAGCGCUCGCUCUCCCACCCGAUUCUUCACCAAUUGCUCUCUCGGCUCUCCUUCUUCCUCCUGCUCUGUUACGGUUCUCCAAUCGGCGAACAACAAAUCUUUCUCUGCGCACUCAUUUCUUCUCACAGCUCCUCGUCCCAGAUUCCUCUUUGUUCGCCGGCAAUUCCUCUCUAUUUGAUUUCAGUUUGCUACUGCUUGCGUUUGCUUCUCUGAUCCUAACCCCUUGUUUUGCAGAUCUCUGAGAUUCUGGUUUCUCUCUUCGUUGUCUGAAUUUCUUUACUAAUUGCUUACUGUAAACUGUUAGGGUUUGUUUCUUGUUUCGUUUUUGCUCUGUGUUUGAAUUGAUGGAUUCAGGAUCUGCAAAUAUGAGCUACACCACGCCCAAUCCCAGAUUCCCUCUCCAGAGAAGAGGUUCCAAAGAGAACUUGGACAGAUUCAUCCCGAAUCGAUCAGCUAUGGACAUGGAUUACGCCCAUUUCAUGGUGACUCAAGGCAGGAAAGAAAAGGAUAACUCAGUCCCAAGCUCUCCUUCAAGCGAGGCCUACAAGAGACUGCUCGCCGAGACCUUGAACCUGAACCGAACCAGAAUCCUGGCGUUCAAGAACAAGCCUCCGGUCCCCGUCGAGCUGAUCCCCCAUCAACACACUGCUUCAGCUUCUUCCACAACGCACCAGGCUAAACCCACCAAACCCCGCAGGCACAUCCCACAGCAGACUUCAGAGAGGACACUGGAUGCUCCAGACCUCGUCGACGACUUCUACCUGAACUUGCUCGAUUGGGGCAGCAGCAACGUUCUGGCCAUAGCUCUCGGAAGCACAGUUUACCUCUGGGAUGCAUCUACUGGCUCCACUUCCGAGCUCGUGACAGUCGAUGAAGAACACGGCCCUGUCACCAGCGUGAACUGGGCUCCUGAUGGCCGCCACAUCGCUAUUGGACUGAACAACUCCGAGGUCCAGUUGUGGGAUUCAGCCUCCAACAAACAGCUACGAACUCUCAAAGGAGGGCACAGAUGUCGCGUCGGCUCACUGGCUUGGAACGACCACAUCCUCACCACAGGAGGAAUGGACGGCAGGAUCAUAAACAACGACGUCCGGAUUCGCGACCACAUCGUCGAGACAUACAGAGGCCACACACAGGAAGUCUGCGGGCUCAAAUGGUCAGCUUCAGGGAAGCAACUAGCGAGUGGUGGGAACGACAAUCUCAUUCACAUCUGGGACAGAUCAGUGGCUUCCUCGAGCUCCCCAACUCAGUAUCUCCACCGGCUCGAGGAUCACACUUCGGCAGUCAAGGCGCUCGCGUGGUGUCCUUUCCAGUCCAACUUGCUUGCUUCUGGAGGUGGAGGAGGAGACAGGACGAUCAAGUUCUGGAACACACACACAGGGGCGUGCUUGAACUCGGUCGACACCGGAUCGCAGGUUUGUGCGUUGCUGUGGAACAAGAACGAGAGGGAGCUUCUGAGCUCUCAUGGGUUCACUCAGAAUCAGCUGACACUGUGGAAGUAUCCGUCCAUGGUGAAGACCGCUGAGCUCACGGGGCAUACGUCGAGGGUGCUGUUCUUGGCGCAGAGUCCUGAUGGCUGUACUGUGGCCUCGGCUGCUGGAGAUGAGACACUGAGGUUCUGGAAUGUGUUUGGUGAUCCUAAUGAAGCAGCCAAGAAAUCUGCCCCGAAGAAGAAUCAGGAGCCUUUUGCUUGGGCGAAUCGCAUCAGGUGAAGAAAGGACAAGGAUUGAUCAUCAAGAGCUGUUUCAUGCAGUAGACUGAAUCCAAACAGUUGAGAGUUUUCACUAGAAUGAUGUACUCUGUGAAAGAAAGGCUGCUGCUGCUACCCGAGUGGAUGUAUAUAUAAACUAGUAAAUACAAACAUGAAUCAUCAUAAGCCUCGAGUAGUCAUAUAUUUUAUGGCUAUAUGAAUAAAAGAAACGGUUAUCUUCAGAAAUUAAGAUGCUCAGUGUUGUGAUGGGAGAUAAGAUGACUG